GUAUCCAGAAAACAUUACGCCAGAAACUGAAGAGGCGGAGCCCAAACCGAUGGUCAUUGGCACCAACAACGUUUUUGAAGUUGGGUGUUAUUCCCAGGCAAUGAAGGUGGGAGAUAACAACGUCAUCGAAUCCAAAGCAUUUGUCGGCAGGAACGUGAUCCUGACGAGCGGCUGCAUCAUCGGGGCCUGCUGUAACAUCAACACCUACGAGGUGAUCCCCGAAAACACCGUCAUCUACGGGGCCGACUGCCUCCGCCGCGUCCAGACCGAGCGGCCGCAGCCCCAGACGCUGCAGCUGGAUUUCCUGAUGAAGAUCUUGCCAAACUACCACCACCUAAAGAAGACCAUGAAGGCCACGUCCACGCCUGUCAAGAGCUGAGCGCCUUCCGCCGCCGGUGGCUGACCGGGGCUUUCGCCUGGUCCUGUGAAGCACUACACGGCCCCGGGAAGCAGCCGGUCUCCGCGUCCCUCGUUCCAUCUUUAAAACAAACAAACAAACAAUGUCUUGCUUAUUUGUGUUACUUAUUUAUAUUCCACCGAGCGUCUCGGACCGGCUUUGGAUCUGUCGUCUCUCUCGCGCUAACUCUAUUGUACGUGCUUUGUUUCGGGAAUAAAAUGACGCCUGCUUUUCUGUC